AUGAUUCAACAGAAACAGGGCAAAGUUACUGUGAAUAUUAUUUACCCUUGCUACAUUUGUGCUGAAGAGUUUACUACGGCUAAUACAGUCAUUCAACACGUCAGGAAAGCUCACGGUUACAUACUGGUAGCACGACACCCGGGUCAUCGUCGUCCUGCCGAUGGGUUUUAUAUGUACGCGAAUAGAAGAGACGAAAUAUGGCAGGUACAGCAUUGUGGUUGCCCCUCUUGCUGGUAUCAUACACCCAAGAUCAACGGUGUGGAACAGCUCAUGAAACAUAUCAUGGAGGUACAUAAACCAGAACGCAUAGAAGGAUUUAUCGAUCCUGAUAGGGAAGAGAAUGAACUGAUGGACAGUAGUGAAGAAGAGGAAGAAGCACCCGUAAAAGGAGAGGAGGUGGAGUCAGAGGCCAAGAUCAAAAUCAGCGAGGAAGAGGAAGCACAGUUGUUGGUGAUGCAAGCCAUUAAGCAAAGACUGGAUGAUAUCAAUGGCUUGUUCAAGACAGUCCUUCAUGAUGAUAACUCACACGAUAAAUAA